AUGGGUUUUCUCAAAGUUAAAGGUGUGAUUUACGAGCCUGUUGAUCGUGUGGAUCUUGGUCCCGACAGUGAUGAAGUUUAUCUCCAAGCCAAUGUCAAAGCUCCUCGUAUGGCUGGGCUUCUGGUUAAAGUUUUUGCUUGGUUUUUAGAGUCACCAAUAUUUGGAGGCAUAUUAUUGUACUUCUUGAAGAGAAAUAAUCUAAUCCACAAGCUUGUGUCAUUUGCGGAGUUACAAGAGUCACCUCUGUUUGAACCUUUGCACCCAUAUAAAGGCAGCGAAGAAAUGGAGGUAAAAUGUGUAGAGGCUGAUCUGCCCCCACCAGAAAAGGUUCAGCAUGUUGUUGAAUGUCUUCAAUCUGCAGAAGAUGUAUCUGAGAGUCCAAAACUGAGCUUCCAACGUUGGACAAUAUUGGAUUAUUCAAGGGCUUAUACAUCAGGAGAAAUAACUCCUCGAAUGGUUGCUGAUAGAUUUAUAGCUGCUGUCCGUGAGUCGUCCAAUCCUUCUUUGCAGAUGUCUUUCUUUAUUAACUACAGUGUCGAAGAUAUUAUAAGGCAGGCUACAGAAUCAACUCUUCGAUAUGAACAAGGAAAACCACUCUCAGUACUAGAUGGAGUCCCAAUUGCUCUUAAAGAUGAAAUAGAUUGCAUGCCAUACCCAACAACAGGAGGUACAAAGUGGUUGCACAAAGUACGACAUUGUACAGAGGAUGCAUGCUGCGUUAAGCGCCUGCGCUUAUGUGGUGCCAUAAUAGUGGGUAAAACAAAUAUGCACGAGCUUGGGGCAGGAAUUAGUGGGAUAAAUCCUCACUAUGGAGCCACUAGGAAUCCAUAUAAUUCAAGAAAAAUUACGGGAGGAUCUUCCAGUGGAUCUGCUGCUGUAGUAGCUGCUGGAUUGUGCCCUGUUGCGCUCGGUGUUGAUGGGGGAGGAUCUGUUCGACUUCCUGCAGCCCUUUGUGGUGUUGUUGGAUUGAAGCCAACUUUUGGACGUGUGCCGCACAAUGGAAUUCUUCCCCUGAACUAUACAGUCGGAAUGGUUGGCAUACUGGCAGCGACAGUCGAGGAUUCACUCAUUGUAUACGCAGCUCUCAGUGGCAACCUUUCAUCGGAUUCAUCCAGCAUGACAAUGCCUCAAGUAUGUCUGCCGCUGCUGAAAUCAGCAAACUAUAUGUCUUUUAACAUCAGAAUGGCAAGAUCUGGAAAGUGGUUUGAUGACUGCACUGAUGACAUCAGAGAUUGCUGCUCUCAUGCUAUUGCUAAACUAUCCGAUAAGUAUGGCUGGAAGACUGUGGAAGUGACGAUACCAGAGAUAGAGGUCAUGCGCUUGGCACAUUAUCUAACAAUUGGAUCAGAAUGUAGUAAUUCAAUUGCUGCCCACCAAGAGAAGAUCCUGGCAGAAAUGGGGUGGGACGUGCGGGUUGGACUUUCUGUGUACGGGGCUUUUGACAGCAAGGAGUACUUAAACGCACAGAGAAUCAGGAACCGGCAGCUUCAGAUCCACAACAAGAUAUUUUCUAAAGCAGACGUUAUCGUUACUCCAACAACAGGUGUCACCGCAUACACAAUUAAGGAAGAUGCACUGAAAACUGGUGAACUCGACUACAUUAAUGGAGCUGCCCUGGUACGGUACCAGAUAGCAGGAAACUUCUUGGGACUUCCUGCUGUGACUGUCCCGGUUGGAUAUGACAAAUCUGGCUUGCCUAUCGGUCUUCAGUUUAUUGGGAAACCUUGGUCUGAGUCGUUAUUGAUUCAUGUAGCUUCUGCUAUGCAAGCAAUAUGCACCUCAGGAUCCAAAAGACCAGAGGUCUACUAUGAUAUGCUUGCUAAGAAAUAA